UUGCAGAUUGUGAUACAUGUAUUUUGACUUCCUUUUGCGAUACUGAAGGUUUUGUAAAUAAAAUAAUGUAAUUUAUAUCGUUCAUAAUUUUACAGUUCGUGUGAACAAUACCAUAAUAGGAAAACUAUAUUGCUUUUUGAUAUCAAUGAUAGUUGUGAACAUAAUUUUUUCAUGUUACUGGAUAAACAAUCUUAAAUUAUACAAUUUACCACGUAACUGAUUGAGUUUUCAUCUAACAAGGAAUUUAAAAUAUGAAUAACUGUGGAGGAGCAAACACAGUAAGCUGUGGGUCUGGCGCGUACGAUGCGAAGAUCGCUGGGCUGUACGAUCUACUGGACACCCUUGGAUCGGGACACUUUGCUGUUGUUAAGCUCGCAAGACAUGUGUUUACCGGUGAAAAAGUUGCCGUUAAAGUUAUAGACAAAAGUAAACUAGAUGAGGUCUCAAAGUCUCAUUUGUUUCAAGAAGUCCGAUGCAUGAAAUUGGUGCAGCAUCCAAAUGUAGUAAGACUGUAUGAAGUAAUAGACACCCAGACAAAGUUAUACUUAAUACUUGAACUUGGUGAUGGGGGUGACUUGUAUGAUUAUAUCAUGAGACAUGAGACGGGGCUGUCAGAAUCUCUGGCCCGUGACUACUUCCGACAAAUUGUUCGUGCUAUUUCAUACUGUCAUAGGUUACAUGUAGUGCACCGCGACCUCAAACCUGAGAAUGUUGUGUUUUUUGAAAAAUUAGGUGUAGUUAAACUGACUGACUUUGGUUUUAGUAACAAAUUUUGCCCAGGCCAAAAAUUAGAGACGUCAUGUGGUUCCUUAGCAUACUCUGCUCCUGAAAUCUUAUUAGGAGACUCCUAUGAUGCCCCAGCUGUUGAUGUCUGGUCUCUUGGUGUGAUUUUAUAUAUGUUAGUAUGUGGACAAGCACCAUUUCAGGAGGCUAAUGAUAGUGAAACAUUAACUAUGAUUAUGGACUGUAAAUAUGCUAUUCCAGUACAUGUAUCAAGCGCUUGCAAGAGGCUCAUAGGAAGAAUGUUGGUGAGAGAACCUGAGAAGAGAGCUACAUUAGCCGAAAUUGCUGUGGAUCCCUGGGUGACGGCAGGCGAGGGUGUCACAGUUGAGGACUUUGACACACCCCUUGUGACUAAGGAAGAGCUCACAGAGGAAGAUCGAGCGGCCAUCUUGCAACGAAUGGUCAAUGGAUCAAUAGCCACCAAAGAGCAAAUAUUAGAGCAAGUAGAAAAGAAUGAAUACAACCACAUAACUGCUACUUAUUACUUACUAGCUGAAAGAAAAUUAAGAGCUAAGAGACAAGAGGCACGGCAGAGCGCUCGGCGGCCGGAGGCGCUGUCGGUGACGCGGACGUCUCGCAACCUGCUCGCGCCGCCGCAGAUGCCCGCCGCGCCGCGCACGCCGCAAGAUGUGCCUCCGCGGUCCCGCAAGUGCAGCAUCGUGCGGGAGGAGGAGGACGACGAGGAGCCGGCGCCGGCCCGCGCCGCGCGCCGCCCCUCGCGCUCCGAAGGCCGCCUCCACCUCGCCCGACCAGCACAGCUCGCUGAUAACCUCGUUAAGGUGAACCUAGAUGAGGAAGUGCUUAAGGCGCCUCACGUUGACGACGGUGGGCUAAAGACUCCUCACAUCGACGGUAGUGGGCUUAAGACUCCUCACAUUGACGGCAGUGGGCUUAAGACUCCACACAUUGACGGUGGACUAAAGGCCUCUCACAUUGACAGUGGACUAAGAGCUCCUCAUAUAGAGGGCGGGGCGGUGCGAGCGCCCGGCGCCCCCGCCCCCGCACGUCGCGCGCGAGUCGAGUGCCGGCGGCGACGCACGCGUGCCGGCUCCUGCUCAUCAUCAGACCUCUCCGAUGACGACUCUGAGAAGAAGAAACGUGCUGGAGAACAGGUGGGAGCGCUAGGCGAGCGUCCGCGUCGCGACUCGCACGACGACUCCAGCGACAGUCAGGAGCGCGGCGCCCGCCCCCCGGCUGCGCGCGCCCCCGCACCGCCCCCCGCCGUCGCCAGAGACGCCCCUUCGGGCGGGAGUGCCAGUGGCGGGGGUGGGGGCGGAGGCGGCGGGGACGCUCGCGGGGGCGGGGCCGGCGGCGGGGGCGGACGCCGACGCCGCGCCGCUCGCAAGGAGAGCCGCCUGCGGGAGUCGCGCUCUCUCAAUAGAAUCGCUGAGGUGGAGGAGGCUGCGAGCGUGCGCUGGGGCGGCAGUGGGCUGGUGGCGCUGUGCGGCCGCCCCCUGCUGCGCCUGCUGGCAGCCGCGCGCCCCCACCCGCGCCCCCACCCUGCGCCCCACCCCGCGCCACACCCCGCGCCACACCCCGCGCCUGCGCGCCGCCUGCACGGCAUCUGUUAAUACCAGAGAGACGAGAUAUAAAGAUGCCACCCGUCACGCACACAUCGAGGCAUUUCAUCAGCGCGCAUGCGUGCUAGUGUGCGUGCACGUUCGCAGAAUGCCACCCGUCACACACAGUCACAUCUGUGCACGAGUGCAAGUACGCCGGUGUGCACGUUCGCACGUUCACGACGACCUCUCUGUAGUGUGUGUAUGUGUGUGUCAAGAAACCGGCCACGACAAUCAACACUUGACUCCAUGUAUUCGAGGGAAUUUACACAAUGUUGUCUUAGUCGUAAAAGCGUUUACAUAUUAUGCAUUGCGAUGACCCGAAAAAAUCUUUAUGUCCUUGUAGAGGUGUUUUUUAAGUAUCUAGUAUUAUGUCCGAUAUCGCACACUUAAUGACAAAGAACUUCUAUUAAAAUUAAUAUUAAAGUCUAGAAGAUAUGUCUGUCAAUCUCACACUUAUGCGGUUUGUCGCUGCGAGAUGCUAUAUCGCACCCCGUAAUGUGUAAACGCUCAAGGCUAUCGAGUCCACACGUGACUGUAAACCCGUGAGAAUCCCCACUUACUGUUUCUUGAGGUCGACAAAGUGUAUCGAGUCCCUGAACAGCCUUAUUUUGAUAUAUUUGAAUUUAUAUCGACCGUCGCCAUACAAGGCCGGUCGGACAUUACUCCACUCGCCGAUCCUAAAGUUUUUUUAACCCUCUUACUAAUAAAAACGUUUAUGCAGCGUGUUUCAAGGUCUGAUGUCUUUGUCUAUUGUACAACUUUCAGUGAAAGACAAGUGAAUAUUUUUAAUAGUAAGCGGGUAUAUUUAUUAUAGUACACUUUUAGGUUGUAACAUAGAUCGCCUUACUGAUUUCGUGAAUCUGAUCGGAUCAAAAUAUUAGACAUACCGACGACUCGAGUGGGUAGUUUAAAUUGUAGCUAAAUGAUUUACUAAAUUAAUAAUAGAGGACUAGAUUUAACAUGUAGUGACAUUUUCACCCCUCCCCCCCUUUUUUGUACAUUCUGAUCGUAUUUUUUUACUGUAAACAU